AUGUCGCUCCGAUCCGGCGGCCGCCAGCUAUCCUUCGAGCUCCUCGCGGGCGACCUCACCGCCGACGACGCGGACGACAUCUCCCCGCGCUCCCUGCCGGACACCACUUCAGAUGGCCAGCGCCGGCGCAGGAGGCGGUCCAAGCGCAAGCGUGGGUUCCGGAGCCCCCCGAUCGACGAGGCGGCCUCGGAGGGGGAGCAGCAGCCGCGCGUGGAGGGCGGCGGCGACUCGGCCGCGGCGUUCAGGGUCCCGGAUCUGAGGUCGACUGCGGAGACGGUGUGCGAGGGCUCGGACGCCAAAAGGUCUGCUGCGAGCUGCGUGACCUAUGUUGGCGUGGAGCUGAGGCAGAGGAGCGUCUCCGGGGCCGGGAGGGUGUUGGCGGCGUCCGCGGAUGAUGGGACCAGCAGCUGCGGCAGCAGCACGCGGGAGAGCGCAGCAGCUGCGGCGGCGGCGGUGGCGGAUGUGCCGGCCAUGGCGUGGCGGCCUGAGGCGAAUGGGGGCAUGAAGAAGAAGCUGGAGAAGGAGUCGUCGCUGGAUUGGGAGAAGUACAUGAAGGAUAAUAGCAACAUUCUCGGAGGUUCAGAUCUCACUGUUCACUUUGAGCGCCUUGACAAUUCACCAUUCAGAUAUUUCCUUGGGGAACUAUAUGGUGGCAAUUCACUAAGAAGCACAAUUGCAGUGGGCAAUGAGAAGAAGCGACAGCGGGUGUACAACACUAUGUUUCAUGUCCCAUGGAGAUGUGAGCGGCUAAUUGUCGCAGGAUUCUUCGUCUGCUUGGAUUCCUUUCUGUCGUUGCUUACAAUUAUGCCUGCACGAAUUGUCAUUACCAUCUGGCGGGUGCUGAAGACCAGAAAGUUUCUUAGGCCAAAUGCUGCUGAUUUAUCAGAUUAUGGAUGUUUUGUAGUUCUAGCCCUUGGAGUUGCUUCUUUGCAAAUGAUAGAUAUUAGCUUAAUUUACCAUGUCAUUCGUGGUCAGGGCACGAUCAAGCUUUAUGUCGUAUACAACGUACUAGAGAUCUUUGACAAACUCUGUCAAUCAUUCGGUGAGGAUGUGCUGCAAGUUCUGUUCAACUCAGCUGAGGGGUUGUCAGCAUGCUCGACAGAUAAUGUGACAUUUGAACUGAUGCGGUUCAUUUUGGACGAGGCGAUAGCCGCGAUCACCCUGUCAACAUGUAUUAUUGCCCACAACAAUGCAUUAUUGGCUCUACUGGUAUCAAACAAUUUUGCUGAGAUAAAAAGUAAUGUAUUUAAGCGUGUUAGCAAAGAGAAUCUUCAUAGUUUGGUAUACUAUGACAUCAUUGAGCGAUUUCACAUCACGGCCUUUCUGCUAUUUGUUCUUGCUCAAAAUAUCUUGGAAGCAGAGGGUCCAUGGUUUGACAGCUUUCUUACUAAUGCGUCAUUGGUUUUUUUGUGUGAAGUACUUAUCGAUGCUAUCAAACAUUCCUUCCUUGCAAAAUUUAAUGAGAUAAAGCCAGUUGCUUAUUCAGAUUUUUUGGAAGAUCUUUGCAAGCAGAUUUUGAAUGACAAACCUGAUGACCAUAAGAAGGACCUAACAUUCAUCCCCCUUGCCCCAGCUUGUGUUGUAAUUCGUGUAUUGACCCCGGUAUAUGCUACCCUCCUUCCUGCUGGCCCAUUUAUCUGGAGAAUAUUCUGGAUUUUACUUUGGUCAGUUCUGACCUAUUUUAUGCUCGCCAUAUUCAAGAUAAUCGUGGGACUGAUACUGCGCUGCCUUGCAAAUUGGUCGCGCCUGCAAACCGGGGCCACUACAAAGUGCGAAGUGGCCGACGAGGCGACGACCCGCCCCUCCGCCCUCCGGGCCUCCGCCUGUUGCUUCCUAUCCCAGCAAGCCGGGCUCCAACUCCGAGCAAAACAGGGGAGGAUCCGAGACAUCGCGUCGAAAACACACCACUCGGUAGUCGUUACUCGCCCGCUUCUCCCACCGGCUCGGGACUUCGGGUCUCGGCUCUCGCGGAUGCGGACAUGUGCGCGCUUCCCCUACUUGGUUACUCUACUCGUAGUCGUAGUCGUAGGCGCUCUAUCUUCGCGCGGCCACCUGGGCCUUUGUUCCUCCCGCUCCGACCAAGCGCUCGCAAGCUCGGGCUCCAUGUCCAUCACAAGGUUGGCCGCGUCGUACGUGGACCCCGGCACCGGAGUCCCCCUCCGCCGCGCGAUCCUUUACGUCGUCGUGCUCCUCGGCUCCAACCUCGCCACGUUCCUCCUCUCCUUCCACUAUUCUUCCUGCGCGACGCCUCCGGCCGCCGCGGCGGCGCCGCCGAAAAUGGCUACUCCAACGACCACCACCGUCCCGGAGCAGCCGGUGGACCUCCCGCUGGAGUUCCACGCGUUCGCGGGGCCGCACGCGCUACCGUACGGGCUCAACACCAACUGGGGCACCGCCGAGCUGCGGCCGCCCGUGGGCCACCCGUGCCUGGCCUUCCCGGACCUGCUCGCCGCCUUCAUGUCGUACCCCGUCAACGCCUCCUGCCCCGACGACGAGCUCCCCGCGCAGCGGCUCCUCCUCCGCGGCUGCGAGCCCCUGCCGCGCCGCCGCUGCCGCCCCGCCGCGCCGCCGGACCCGGCGCCACCGCUGCCGUUCCCGGACGCGCUCUGGUCCACGCCGCCCGACCGCUCCGUGCACUGGUCCGCCUACACGUGCAAGUCCUUCCGCUGCCUCGUCGACCGCGCGCGCUCCCCGCGCUUCGACGACUGCAAGGACUGCUUCGACCUCGCCCGCGGCCCGGAGCGGUACCGCUGGCUCAACGCCACGGACAAGAAGAGGAACCCGCUCAACUUCUCCAUCGACGAGGUGCUCGCGUCGGCGUCCCCGCCGGGGUCCGUCCGCAUCGGGCUCGACAUCGGCGGCGGCUCCGGCACCUUCGCAGUGCGCAUGCGCGAGCACGGCGUCACCGUGGUGGCCACCACCGUGAACCUCAACGGCCCCUUCAGCACCUUCGUGGCCGCGCGCGGGAUCGUGCCGCUCUACGUCAGCGUCGCUGCGCGGCUGCCCUUCUUCGACAACACGCUGGACAUCGUGCACUCCAUGCACGUGCUCAGCGGCUGGAUCCCGCCCGUCGCGCUGCAGUUCGCGCUGUUCGACGUGUACCGGGUGCUCCGGCCCGGCGGCCUGUUCUGGCUGGACCACUUCUUCUGCGGGGAGGCGGAGAUGGCGGCGUACGUGGAUGUAAUAGAGAGCGUCGGGUUCGGCAAGCUGAGGUGGGUGAAAGGUAGGAAGCUCGACAAGGGACCGGAGAGGAAGGAGAUGUACCUCUCGGCAUUGCUAGAGAAGCCGCUCAAGAACUCGUGGCGCCAUUAA